UUGCGCGCGCGGCUGUUCUUCUCCGCGCCACCGCGCUGCGAUCGAGGCUCCGCCAGCAGCUCGGGGUGUCCACAUCGGAACCGCGGGCCUCGAACCUAUGGCUCAGUAGAGCGCGGGAGCUUCGCGAGGGACUGAGAUUUGUCUGAGCGGAACUUUGCGCGACUGAGCCAGCCAUGGAGGUGCGCCGGUGGUCCACGCGGGGGUCCACUCGGUGGGGGUGGACAAGGUGUCUCGUGGACCGCACUUUCGCAUCACUCAUCGUCGCUCUGACUCUCCUGCAGACGGUGGCCAGAGCUGAACCGGUCGAUGUGCUUAAAGCUUUAGAAUUUCAUAGUUCUCCCGAAGGAGUGAGUACAACGUCAGGGUUUUGCACCAACAGAAGAGCAUCACCUCCAGACACAGCCUACAGGGUGGAGAAGGCAGCUGAGAUCAGCGCCCCGACCAAGCAGCUCUUUCCAGGAGUUUUCCCCAAAGAUUUUUCCAUCCUCAUGACCAUCCGGCCCAAGGCAGGGAUUCAGUCCUUCCUGCUCUCCAUCUACAACAAACAAGGCGUCCAGCAGCUGGGUGUUGAGGUUGGCCGGUCCCCUGUGUUCUUGUAUGAGGAUCAGCAUGGAAAGCCCACACCUGAGGACUACCCCCUGUUUCGCACCCUCAACCUCGCUGACGGACAGUGGCAUCGGGUGGCCAUCGCCGUCCACAAGAAGAAGGUCACCAUCUCCGUGGACUGCAAACAAAAAAUCACCAAGUCACUGAAAAGGAGUGACGCUGCCACCAUCGACACAGACGGCAUCACCGUGUUUGGGACCAGGAUUCUAGACGAGGAGGUCUUUGAGGGUGACAUCCAGCAGCUGCUCAUCACUGCUGACCCCAGAACCGCCGAUGACUACUGUGAGCACUACAGUCCGGACUGCGACACCCCCCAGCAGAUCCUCCCCCAGGCGCAGGAACCAGAGCUGGAGUACACUACUGAUGAUUUACCCUACAGUGAGUUCUAUGAGUACAGUGACGGAGGGGUAACUGAGGAGGUCCCAACGGGAGAGACCUACUCAGAACAGGAGCCGAGCAACAUAGAUGGAAAGCACUACACCGGGGCCGAGCUGGACUACAGAGCAGCGGAUGGUACACGGUCUCCCGUUGACUCAGACGGACAUAACGAGACGAAGGCUGCUGAAGAGGAAAGUGUUGAUGAUGUUACUGGAGCGGGCCAUGCCGCUCCGGAGCCCACUAUUGCCAUGGAGACGGUUGAGACCCCGGACAAAGCAGACCCCGGAGCUGAUGCGUAUGACUUUAAGGAGUACGAUCUGAACGAGUACGAUGCAAGCAAGUUUGACGAUGAUAAGCCAUACGAGUAUGGGGUGUAUGAUGAGUUUGGCCCGAAUGAGGCCCAGCCGACGGUGUCUGCGUAUGAGGAUGAGUUUGGGCCAGGAUUUCCUGCGGAGACCGAUGUCACGGAGAGCAAGGUCGAGGGACAGGAUGUCUUUUUUGGAGAGAAAGGGGAGAAGGGCGAGCCGGCGGUCAUCGAACCUGGAAUGCUCAUAGAAGGACCCCCUGGACCAAUGGGCCCUGCAGGUCUCCCGGGGCCCGCAGGUCUUCAAGGUCCUCCUGGCUCCCCUGGCGACCUCGGGGAUCGGGGCCCUCCCGGGCGUGCCGGUCUCCCAGGAGCAGAUGGCCUCCCUGGGCCCCCGGGUACCAUGCUCAUGUUGCCUUUCCGUUUCGGUGGGGACGGCGAGAAGGGCCCCGUGGUGUCCGCGCAGGAGGCCCAGGCACAGGCGAUCCUCUCCCAGGCCAGGCUGGCCAUGAGGGGUCCUCCUGGUCCUAUGGGUCUUACAGGAAGGUCCGGACCCGUGGGCCUUCCUGGUGCUCCGGGACUGAAAGGUGAGACGGGAGACCCGGGUCCUCAGGGUCCAAGGGGCAUCCAGGGUCCCUCAGGUCAAUCUGGAAAACCUGGCAAAAGGGGACGUGCCGGAGCCGAUGGAGCCCGGGGCCUGCCGGGGGAAUCAGGGUCCAAGGGCGACAGGGGCUUCGAUGGACUGCCAGGCCUCCCUGGAGAGAAGGGCCACAGGGGCGAACCCGGUGUGCAAGGCCCUCCUGGACCCUCUGGAGAGGACGGUCAAAGGGGAGAAGAUGGAGAAGUUGGGCCGAGGGGUCUCUCCGGAGAGAGUGGUCCCAGGGGGCUUCUGGGCCCAAGGGGACCCCCGGGUUCUCCUGGACAACCGGGUGUCGCCGGGGUGGACGGCCCGCCCGGCCCAAAGGGGAACAUGGGACCCCAAGGAGAGCCAGGUCCACCUGGGCAGCAGGGAAUCACUGGAGCUCAGGGUCUUCCUGGUCCACAAGGCCCCAUUGGACCACCUGGUGAAAAAGGCCCCCAGGGCAGACCCGGGCUGGCUGGCCUUCCUGGCUCGGACGGUCCUCCCGGUCACCCUGGGAAAGAGGGGCCCCCAGGAGAGAAAGGGGCCCUGGGGCCGCCUGGUCCUCAGGGUCCCAUUGGCUACCCUGGUCCACGAGGUGUGAAGGGCGCAGAUGGUGUUCGCGGACUCAAGGGUGCAAAAGGCGAAAAGGGAGAAGAUGGGUUUCCCGGAUUCAAGGGUGACAUGGGUGUCAAAGGAGACAGGGGCGAACUUGGAGUCAUUGGGCCACGGGGCGAAGACGGACCCGAGGGCCCGAAAGGACGAGUCGGCCCUGCUGGAGAGGCAGGCCCCAUUGGUUCUGCUGGAGAGAAGGGAAAACUGGGUGUUCCAGGACUACCGGGCUACCCAGGAAGACAAGGACCAAAGGGUUCAACAGGUUUCCCUGGAUUCCCAGGAGCCAACGGAGAGAAAGGUGCCAGGGGUGUAGCAGGCAAACCUGGUUCAAGGGGGCAAAGAGGUCCAACGGGUCCACGUGGUGCCCGGGGUGCGAGAGGUCCAACGGGGAAACCAGGCCCAAAGGGCACCGCCGGCAACGACGGUCCUCCAGGUCCGCCUGGUGAAAGAGGACCUCAAGGACCCCAGGGCCCCGUGGGUUUUCCGGGGCCGAAGGGCCCCCCUGGACCGCCUGGAAAGGACGGGUUGCCUGGUCACCCAGGGCAGAGAGGAGAGACCGGGUUCCAAGGGAAGACGGGUCCACCGGGUCCAGGUGGAGUCGUGGGACCGCAGGGUCCCACCGGAGAGACGGGUCCUAUUGGGGAGAGAGGUCAUCCUGGGCCACCCGGUCCCCCCGGCGAGCAGGGACUUCCUGGUGCUGCUGGAAAAGAAGGAGCCAAGGGAGACCCCGGUCCCCAUGGAGCCCCCGGGAAAGACGGUCCCGCCGGUCUCAGAGGCUUUCCCGGAGAGCGAGGACUGCCUGGAGCACCGGGUCCAUCUGGCCUGAAAGGAGGAGAAGGUCCUCAGGGCCCCCCCGGCCCCGUCGGCUCUCCUGGCGAAAGGGGCCCAGCAGGAUCUGCAGGGCCGAUCGGCCUCUCUGGACGCACAGGUCCCCAAGGACCCCCGGGACCUGCUGGAGAGAAAGGUGCUCCUGGGGAGAAAGGUCCACCGGGACCAGCGGGCCGUGACGGUGUGCAGGGACCAGUUGGUUUGCCUGGCCCCGCUGGACCCCAGGGUCCACCUGGGGAGGAUGGAGACAAGGGAGAAGUUGGUGAACCUGGUCAGAAGGGCAGCAAAGGAGGCAAGGGUGAACAAGGACCUCCUGGACCCGCUGGUCUUCAGGGACCCCUUGGAGCCCCAGGCCCAGCUGGGGCUGAUGGAGAGCCUGGACCCAGGGGUCAGCAGGGGAUGUUUGGACAGAAGGGAGAUGAAGGGUCCCGGGGCUUCCCAGGACCCCCCGGCCCAAUCGGGCUGCAGGGUCUUCCUGGGCCACCAGGCGAGAAAGGGGAGAACGGAGACGUCGGUCCCAUGGGUCCUCCCGGUCCACCUGGCCCACGAGGUCCUCAAGGCCCGAGCGGAGCUGAUGGACCCCAAGGUCCACCCGGAGGUAUCGGCGCAGUGGGUGCUGUUGGAGAGAAGGGUGAGCCUGGUGAAGCUGGCAGCCCUGGACCUCCUGGAGAGUCUGGACCUGGAGGACCCAAAGGUGAACGCGGAGAGAAAGGAGAGGCUGGCCCACCUGGAGCUGCCGGACCCCCUGGUGCCAAGGGGCCCCCCGGUGAGGACGGUCCCAAGGGCAGCCCUGGUCCUGUUGGCUUCCCUGGAGACCCUGGUCCCCCUGGUGAACCUGGUGCUGCUGGCACUGAUGGGGCAGCAGGAGACAAGGGAGAGGAUGGUGAACCUGGUCAGCCUGGUUCUCCUGGCCCAUCUGGGGAGGCUGGCCCACCUGGUCCUCCUGGCAAGAGAGGCCCCCCGGGAGCCUCCGGAGCUGAGGGCAGGCAGGGAGAGAAGGGCAGCAAGGGUGAGUCUGGAUUAGAGGGGCCUCAAGGCAAAACUGGGCCCGUUGGACCCCAGGGUCCUGCCGGAAAGCCCGGUCCAGAGGGUCUGCGUGGAAUCCCAGGGCCUGUUGGUGAGCAGGGAAAUCCAGGCUCACCAGGACAGGACGGUCCCCCUGGUCCCAUGGGUCCUCCUGGACUUCCAGGCUUGAAAGGCGACCCAGGUUCUAAAGGCGAGAAGGGCCACCCCGGUCUUAUUGGUCUGAUUGGUCCUCCCGGCGAACAGGGCGAGAAGGGCGACAGAGGUCUGCCAGGUCCCCAGGGCACUCCCGGCAACAAGGGCGAAGUCGGCAUCAGCGGAGCUUCGGGUCCCCUCGGUCCUCCUGGUCCUCCUGGUCUUCCAGGUCCACAAGGUCCAAAGGGCUCCAAAGGGUCACCGGGUCCUGCUGGUCAGAAGGGAGACACUGGAAUGAUGGGACCACCGGGUCCACCUGGCCCCCCUGGCGAAGUCAUCCAGCCCCUUCCCAUCCAGUCCCCGAAGAAAAGCAGGCGGUCGGCCGACAUGCAGGCCGACGGAGCUGAGAACGCAAUGGACUACGGCGAGGGCAUGGAGGGCGUCUUCGCGUCACUGAACAACCUCAAGCAGGACAUCGAGCGCAUGAAGUAUCCUAUGGGCACACAGAGCAAUCCUGCCAGGACCUGCAAAGACCUGCAGCUGUGCCACCCCGAGUUCCCAGACGGCGAGUACUGGAUCGAUCCAAACCAAGGCUGUUCGGGUGACUCCAUCAAGGUGUACUGCAACUUUACCGCAGGGGGUGAGACUUGCAUCUACCCAGAGAAGAAGUCCACGGGGGCUAGAAUAUCUUCAUGGCCCAAGGAGGUUCCAGGCUCGUGGUUCAGUGAAUUUAAGCGUGGUAAAAUGCUCUCUUAUGUGGACAUUGAUGGCAACGAAAUAAGCUUGGUGCAGAUGACAUUCCUGAAGCUGCUCACAGCCUCAGUCAAGCAGAACUUCACGUACUUGUGCCACCAUUCUGUGGCCUGGCAUGACGCUACCACGGACAGCUACGAUAAAGCACUGAGGUUCCUGGGAUCCAACGACGAUGAGAUGUCCUAUGAUACCAGCCUCUACAUCAAUGUGCUGUCGGACGGCUGCGCACUGAGGAACGGCCAUGGGAAGACUGUCCUGGAGAUCAACACCCCGAAAAUAGAUCAGCUGCCCAUCGUCGACGUGAUGUUCAGUGACUUUGGGGAUCCGAAUCAGAAAUUUGGAUUUGAAGUCGGUCCCGUCUGCUUCCUCGGUUAAAUCUCGGCAGGGAAGACAGGUCCACAAAGUAAGCCGAGACUUCGCGUCACCCGCCAUCUUCAAGUCACAUGCAAGUUUUGAAUCUGAAUGUUUUAGCAAACACGCCCUGCCUUGUAUGGAUGUGCUGUCGAGGGAACACUUGUUGCCCUUGUGGGGCCAGAAUCUGUUGCUGAUGAUCGUAACGGAGAUCGAGAGCCGUCGCCGUGAACGGUGCGCAGGCAGCAAUGCAGGGAGGUUCACCGUGCUAAAGUAGUACAAUACCCUGUCUAUAUUCUCCUCUUUCUGUAUGAAAAAAUGUGUCCAUUGGUGCUUUAUCAGACCAGAGAAAAAGGUGCUACAAUUGUGUAUUUUAAACUGUAAUAAUGAUUUUGUCGAAUACUGUAACUUCGAAAUCCACUUUUAAAACUUGCAUGUGUGUCACAGUUGCAUCUGGCUCUUCCACUCAGUGUUGGUAACAGAGGAAAAGUAAAGUUAAAACUGAAUAAAUUCGCAUUUUGAAUGAACGACUCAUCUUUUCCGGGGCAAAUAAAAGGAACAUUCAGACGAUUCCCUAUUUCAAGUUCUGACUUAUCUCCGCUGUAUAUAUGGACCAUCUAUAAAAUCAAAGGCUUUACAUCACUAAAUCAGAAGGUUCUUCCCAGCAUAUUGAAAGCAAUAUGUUUUCCUCACUUCUUUGGGUUUGUUGUGGUCAAUCAUUGGAAUAAUGUCAUUUUCACUGAUUUCUUUCAAAAUUUUUUUUUUUUUUGGUCAUAUACCUCAGAUGUUAAGAUGCAAGGAUACCCUGUAUAUACAAUGGUUGAAAAAUUAAGUAUAUAUAUUUUGGGUGAGGAAUUUGAAAGAGAUAAGUACAUAUUUGUUAGAGAUAUUUUUUAAAACCUUUGUGAAUGCAAUGGGAAGCCCCUCUAGGUCGUCCAUUUUUGUAACUAAAUUGAGAAAAUGUUUUCUUGUGCUUUUUAUGGUACAUUUAAAAUAUUAAAAUGGA